CUGGCCUCUACUUGUUAGGCAGCCAGGCAGCAAUUGAGUCACUGACCCAGUUGGCCCGUGGUCACCUACCUAGGUACCUAGGCACCUACCAAGCAAGUAGAUUAACCAGCUGCCGGCCGGGAGCUCCACUGAAACCAUAUUGUCGGCGAAGACGGCUCCAAAAGCCUGGCUGACAGAGCCCAAACAUCACCUUCUUCUCUUUUUGCCCAUUGUCAAUCUUUCUCGCCGCGCAAACCGUCACGCCCACUGUCGUCUACCACUUCAGUGAAGUUCAACUACGGGUACGGUUGUCCACAGUUUCUGGCCUGCUUUUUUUCUCGACGGGAGCAAAGCGCAUCGCCUCAGAUCGCCUUGUCGCUCGUGGAGGACACCUUCACUGGUUGCAGAUAAAGCGGUCGGCGACAAAGCAACAACGACGCGAGCCUCCCUUUUGUUCCCUGAACCACUUUCAUUUCCAUCGUUUGGGCACUACACAGUCCCCGCAACGACCCUGGUGACGAUCUCCGAAGCGUAGUCUGCCGUGCUGUUCGAGCCGAUCUCCCGCGUGACCCUCGAGUGGCAAUCGAUCCGUCCUCAUUCGGUACUCUGGGACGUUCCAUAUCGACCAAGUCGUUGCACGAGAAGCAAGACGGUUCUUCGGAAGGAAAAAUCUACCACGGGAUAGGGCCGUCCCAAGGGACGCCCGUUCAAGAGCCAAGACGCAUUCACCACUCUUCCGUUCAGUUGCUACCAACCUCCUCUCAAGAAGCAUCGACGAGGUCCCCGAUACCAAGGUCACGGAGGCAAUAAAAACGCAUAAAGCAGAACUCAGGAAAGAGAGGAAGGCGAAGAAGAAGGUACGCCUAGACGCGGAGCACAGCAUCCACGUUGCUCGGAAGAGGGAGCCCAAGGUCCUACGUCAGCAGCAAACGAUCAGCCGGUCCUUCACGAAUUCCAAGCCGAUCAGCCGCAUCGAGCAGAAGCAAGCUCCCACAACAGGCGGCAGUGAUCGCGAGGCGCUUACGGAGGUGGUUAACGACUUCUCGUCAGCUACCCUCCGCACCAGCGCCAUGGCGUCGCCUGCGAGCAUGAACGGGGGCCCGAACGAUGACUACAAGGAGAAUGACCAAAUGUCUCACAUCAUGAUAUGCCCUGACUGCAAGGAGUUUCCGCCAAACUUGACUGAGGAGUUCAGCAGCGGCGACAUGGUGUGCGCAACGUGUGGCCUCGUCGUGGGAGACAAGAUUGUUGAUACACGAUCUGAGUGGCGUACAUUUGCCAACGAUGACACAAACAAUGAUGAUCCAUCGCGUGUCGGCGACGUGGGCAACCCCCUCUUCGAGGAUACCGUCGCCACUUUGCAGACCACGAUCGGCAGCGAGGGUAGCAACUCGUUCCAUUUGAUGAAGACGCAGCAGAAGACGGUUGAGAAGGGAGCGAAGAACCUCAAGGAAGGGUUCUCACAGAUCAAGACCCUGACUGAUGCUCUCCAAGUCGGAAACAACGUGCGCGACACUGCGAUGCACAUCUUCAAGCUCGCCGACGAGAAGAAGUUCCUGAAGGGCAAGCCCCAGGAAGCUGUCAUCGCCGGCUGCAUCUUCGUUGCGUGCCGUCAAGGCGGCGUUGCCCGAACGUUCAGGGAAAUCUUCAACCUGACCCGCGUGUCCAAGAAGGAAAUCGGCCGUGUGUUCAAGCUCCUCGAGAAGUUUUUGGUGGACAUUCAAAACGAAGGUGACAAGACCGGACACAGUGCUGUGUCAACGGUCAAUAAUUUCGAGACCCGACCCUCGACCAACGCUGAGGACCUCGUCCGCCGCUAUGUCUCCCAGCUGGGCGUGCGCAACCAGUCCGAGGUCGAAUCUGUCGGCAUGCUCAUUGCGAAGAAGACCGGACAGGUUAGUACCCUGGCCGGACGGUCUCCCUUGUCAGUUGCAGCGGCCUGCAUCUUCAUGGCCACCCACUACUUGGGUGAGGCGAAGACAUCCAAGGACAUCGCUGUGGUCGCAGGUGUUAGCGACGGUACUAUUAAGACAGCUUACAAGUACCUGUACGCCGAGAAGGAGUCCUUGUUGGAUGCGGAAGCCCUCCAGAAGAGCCGUGGUAGGGGCAAGAUUGAGAGGCUGCCCUCUGCUUAAUCACCCGUGUCUCUACACCUUGGGCUUUUUUCCCCCUGCCUCACAGGCGUUUGUCAUCGAAUCCUGAGAUGAAAGCCUGAGCCCGAGCCCAGAAACUGGGCGCAUCUCCGAUAUUUCUGUCAUUCAGAACGCUGGGGCUGUUUAGAGGGCACUUUUUGGGUGGUUGUUUUUCAGCCAUCGUCAAUGGUUGGUAUUUUUCAGGAGUGAUCAAGACUGAACCAAGGCAGUGGUCAACCACAACAGGCAUGGGGUACAUGCAGAUGAAUUACUCAUUUAGCGACACCUGUGCUCCUGCUUGUGACUUACCUGUUGCUGGUACUUUCUGCGGAAAGAGACCGUACGGCCGACUGCUAACGUAACCCCUAGAAGUGAGUAGACUAGCCCCAGUAAUUAACAGGUAAAGUAUUCAUCCCCCUGAACAAGCCAUGAUUAGUAGUCCACAAAAUUAAAUCGACGUUCAUAUCAAGACCCAUUCAUUCUAA